ACUACUCCACGCCCGACCACCUCCACGCGUCCAACUUUCUCUAGCUCUCCUCCCGACCACGCCACUCGUUAACUCUUCCAUCCCCGCACACUGUCUGUCGACACCAUGGCUGCCGCUCCCGCAACGCCCGCUGCUAUCGCUCCGGCGGCCUCCGUCUUCCCCAAGAGCCACGUCGGUUUCGACAGCAUCACCUCGCAGAUCGAGCGGAAGCUGUUGAAACGCGGCUUCCAGUUCAACGUCAUUUGCGUUGGCCAGACCGGACUGGGCAAGUCCACUUUGAUUAACACCAUCUUCGCCUCGCACCUUAUCGACAGCAAGGGUCGCCUGACCCCCGAUGAGUCUCCGCGCAGCACCACCGAAAUCCAGGCCGUUUCGCACGUUAUCGAGGAGAAUGGCGUUCGGCUGCGCCUCAACAUCGUCGACACCCCCGGUUACGGUGACCUGAUCAACAACGACCGCUGCUGGGACCCUAUUGUCAAGUACAUCAAGGAUCAGCACUCCGCCUACCUCCGUAAGGAGCUCACCGCGCAGCGUGAGCGUUACCUUCAGGACACCAGGAUCCACUGCUGCUUGUUCUUCAUCCAGCCCUCCGGCCACGCUCUCAAGCCCAUCGACAUUGUCGUCCUGAAGAAGCUCAGCGAGUUUGUGAACGUUGUUCCUGUUAUCGCCAAGAGUGACUCCUUGACGCUCGAGGAGCGCGCCGAGUUCAAGGCCCGGAUCAAGGAGGAAUUCGCUUUCCAUAACCUGCGCAUGUACCCGUACGACAACGAGGAAGACGACAACGAGGAGGUUGCCCUCAAGACCCAGAUCAAGGAGCAAAUCCCCUUCGCCGUCGUCGGUUCUGAGAAGACCAUCGUUGUUGGUGGCCAGCAGGUUCGCGGUCGCCAGAACCGCUGGGGUGUCAUUAACGUCGAGGAUGAGACCCACUGCGAGUUCGUCGCUCUGCGCGACUUCCUUACCCGCACCCACCUCCAGGACCUGAUCGAAACCACUUCGCAAAUCCACUACGAGUCCUUCCGCUCGAAGCAGCUUCUCGCACUCAAGGAAUCGAGCGCUGUUGGUCACGGCGGCGGGUCGCGCCCCAUCUCUCCCUCUGCCGACAGGGAGCUUAGCCGGAACAGCCAGAGGAUGACGAUGAACGGCUAUUAAAGAGCCAUCCAAAGCGCGAGUCGAGCGGCGUGAAAACGCCCAGCCAAGUUGCGAGGCGGGGGGACGAGUAUGAUACCAACGCAGGCCAGCAGGGCCAAAUUUGCUUCGACAAAAGAGUUUCCGUUUAAGCGGUGGAGUAGGUUUCGUUUUGACUUCGGAGCUUGUAUUUGCAUAGUUCUUGGUUGCUCUCUCUUCCACCUUUAUAGUGUAGUAGCCCUUAUUUUUUCUCCUUAGGCGAAAAGCAGUCAAAUACCUUUUGCGGCGGUGGGG